GGCGAAAGUUUUGUUAAUAUACAAUAAAUACACAUUUAAUUACAAAUGCAUGACUUCUUUCUUUUUUCCCUGUUAUGUAAUACUUUCAAUUAUUAGUGAUGCUUUUUUCAGUUUUACUGUGGUGCAUAAUUCAGUCAAAACUUAAGCCAGUGACUUUGGAUAUUUACCAGCAUUCUUAUGAAAUUACUAAUGGUUAAUGUUUCACAGAUUUUGGAGAUUAUCAAAUGAAGAUAAAGAUUACUGUCGAAAACUUCGUGAAAACUGCUACUACUACAACAACAACAACUAUUAUCAUAAUGAUAAUAAAUAAUAUUCUACUUGUCAAUACAGAAUCUUGGCAAAACACUUUACUUUCCUUGAAAAGAGAUACACACUCACAUAGUGGAAGGAAUUCUAUGACAGAUGUAAAUAUAUUAAAAAUGGCAUUAGAUAAUUAUGCUCGCAAAAUAAACAGCCACAAGAACAUUGAAUAUCUAAGUCAGUCAGUUAAUCUGACACAGAGUUAUGCAGAGAAUUUUACAGAUCACAGUACAGAUUUAGACCAUCAAUUAAUGUUAUCAAAUUAUAGUAGUGAUGCAAAUACUCUGGCGGAUGAUAGUCAAGAACAUAACCUUAAAACAUACUUUUCUGAUCAAAAAGAUAAGCAUUCAAGAAUUAUUAAACCCAAAGGCUCAACAAUGACUUCAGUUCAUGUUAUGUCAAGUAAAUAUGAUAACUUCAAUUGGAAUAUACUCAAGUUUUCAUUUGGUUUACUUUGCUUUAUAGUUCAUAUGAUCUGGUUUAUUUGGUUAUUGUAUCAUGGUGUAUUAGUUAAACUAUGUAAUCAGUCAACAUUUCAUCAACUCAAGCCUAAUCAACAACCUUUAAAUAUUAUCAAUGAUUUGCCUACAAGACGACAACAGUUGACACUGCGAGCUGAGUUACACUUAAGUUUUGUUGGUACUAUUUAUGGAUUUAUUAUGUCUAUUCGUAGAAUAUCAAAUCUUAUCCUAGACAGUGAUAUAACACAGAAUGAGAAACAAUCGAAUUUAGAUAAUCGAAAUUAUUUUAUGUGUUAUCUAACAAGGCACAUAUCACUUGGUGUUUUAACAGUCUACUGGAUAACUUUGCUAAUUAUUAUUCUUAUCAAUAUACACUAUAUGAAAUCAGUUACAUUGAUGAAUUCACCAAAACUUCCAUUGAUUAGAAACACAUUUAUUCCAUUGUAUAUAGUGUUCAUUAUCUCAUGGAUAUUUUCACUAGUUAUCAGAAUGGGUAGUUUACUGAUAAAUUAUAAUUUACAAAAAUUUACCCUGAAACGUUCAACAGAUUCAAGGCAUUCAAUUAUGCUAAAGCAUGCAUUGAACUUUGAAUGUAUAAAUACUAAAGAGUUAGAGCAUCAAAAGAUGUACUUCUAUACUGUAUGUCAUCGGACAACUUUUGAACAAUGGCUUGAAAUACUGACAAAUAUACUAUGUGAUAUACUACCAAAUUUUUUAGUCUUUACUGUCAGUAUUUUUAUUUGUUUUUUAGCAUAUAAAUCAAGUAAUAUCAAUUAUAAGCUUUUUGAUACAAAUAACCAGAUUAGUCAGUUCAUGUUGCCUUCAAAUGGUAAUAACAAUAAUAAUAAUGAUACGACUGAAAAUGAGAGUAACAGUGUUAUGAGGUAUAAUGAAACGCUAAAAAAUACAGAAACUUCCCCAAUAAAAAGUACUGAUAGCAGAACACAUUCCCCGGAGGUAUGCAGUUUGUCCACAUCAUGUUUAACUUAUCAAUGUGAACUUCCAUCGCAGCCUAAUACUAAUAAUAAUAACGAUAAUCAACAGACAUCACAGCAGGCGGACAAUAUUUUAUUAAAACAAAAAGUAUUCACAUCAACUCGAUAUAAUCUACAUCAAAUAAUUCAUUUAUCAAUUAGUUUAAUUAUUUUAAGUUUAUGCUUAUUACUUAAUCAUAUUUUACGAUUAAUUAUUUAUGGAAAAUUAAUGAAAUCACAAAUAAAUUAUUGUCAUUCAUGGAAUUUCAAUCAAGGUUUACAUGAACCAGAAAAUAUUGAAUUAUUUAAAUUAGUCCAUGAAAAUUUACACAUUCCUCAGUGGUAUUUAAAUGGUUGUCUUCUGGUCGAGAUUGUAAUCACUAUAUGUAUACCGGUAAUAUUUAUAACACAGAAACAAUGUUUAUCUCUGCUAUCUAAUUUGUCGUGUAUGUCACCAGUAUCAAAGCGAGAAAACUCUGCAGAAAACAAAACGAUGUCUAUCAAACAGGCAGAAACUGACUACAUUAAACCGAUAAAAUCAGAUGAUAUUAACCUAUGUAAUCUUACACUGCCAAUAACUUCGUAUAUAUCAUCUACACCGAUUGAUAAUCCACUCUCUUUUAUUCCUGUGAAUACAACAACAGUAUCCUCGACACUACAGUGCAGUCAAACGACAACAGAUACUAUAAUUCCACCGUGUGAAUUAUUAAAACUGCAAAUGUUUACAAGAGCACAGUUUGAAAAGAAAAUUAACUCACAAAUAACAGAUACUGGGUAUCAUUUUAAUGCAACACUAACAAGUUUACCAACAUGUUCAAAUGAAGCUUCAAGUCGACUGAUAACAACAGCAACAACAACGACAACAACUUUAGUACCUGUAUCUAUUAAACUAGUAAAUUUACAGCCUUUCUGUUGUCAACCAUGUGAUAUAUUUACAAGUAAUACUAUUAAGCUUGAUAACAAAGGCAGCAAUAAUCAUUUGAUAGACUGUGAACUUUUGAAUAACAACAAUAGUGAUACUUAUCCGGUCGAAACAACAGCAUCAAUUGUUAAAUUACAUGUCCUAUCCGAUUCUAGUGGAUUUGAUGAAUGAUACUUAACGCGGAGUUUGGCAAGUAUUUCUUAAUUGUACAUAACUCUUUCUAAAACUUCAUAUACAUAUAUAUAUAUAUGUAUAUAUGCACUGAUUAUUACCACUACUAUACCA